UUGCGUACACAUUCGGUAACGACACGUGAACAAUUGAAGCAAACCACAAGCCACCCACGCAUGCCCUGCGAGUUGUAGUCAGUUUGAAUCCGAGGCACUGAAUUACAUCACGUCGCGCCGCUAGUUGCGCGCUUCCACUUCCCAAUCAUCGAAUUCUUUUUUCAUUUCUUCUUAGCGCGUCCUACAUGCAACACGCGUCUACUAAUCCAAAGCAUUGAAAAAGUGAAAAUAUUUUGAUAGACCCACAACAUGGUUGAAUCAUUUUUAUAUUAAAAUGUACUAAAGAAAAGAAGAAAGAAGAAAUUGAAGUGUUUAAGUGCAAGUUUUAACUGGAUAUCAUAUUAACUGGAAUUAUACCAAUCAAUUCACUAUCAAACAAAAGGAGUUUAAAAAUGACUGAAGGUACAGAUACCGGCAACGAUUCUGCAGCUACUACUUGCGUUGAAAACAAUCAUUGUGAGCGGACUAAGUUGAUUGAACCUGUAGUUGAAUCUGAGAAAGUCAUAGAUGGGAACGAAGGUAACCAUGGCUUAGCAAUCUCAGGCGGAACGAAAAGUGAAAAAGAAAGCGAAGAAGAUGUUUUCGUGUCGAAAAUUAGAUGGCCAGACCUGUUGGUUCAACUGUUUAUCCACAUAGGUUUCAUCUAUGGCAUGUACCUUGUGUUCGUAGAUGCUAAGUUUUAUACCAGUUUAUUUGCAUUUUGCACAAUUUACACAUCUGGAUUUGGAAUCACCGCUGGUGUUCAUCGACUAUGGUCACAUCGUUCCUACAAAGCUAAAUGGCCAUUGAGAUUAAUUCUCAUAAUUCUAUUUACUAUAACAGGACAGAGAGAUGCCUAUACCUGGGCAUUAGAUCAUCGUAUACAUCACAAAUAUACUGAGACAGAUGCAGAUCCACACAAUGCCAAUCGAGGAUUCUUCUUCGCACACGUCGGAUGGCUUGUCCUAACGCCUCAUCCAAAAGUAGUAGCAAAACGAAAAGUUAUAGACGUCGCUGAUUUAGAAGAUGAUGCAAUUGUCAUGUGGCAAAAAAAAUAUUAUUUAAUUCUGUUUCCGCUGUUUGUUCUCUUUCUGCCCGUGUUCAUUCCUAUCCACUUUUGGAAUGAAACACUAUGGAAUUCAUUCUGGGUGAAUUUCAACGCGCGAUUUUGCAUUACACUCAAUAUUGCCUUCUUUGUAAACAGUGUUGCACACAUGUGGGGCAAUAAGCCAUAUGAUCAAUAUAUUAGUUCGGUGGAAAGUUUAGGAGUUUCUAUAGCUGCAUUGGGUGAAGGUUGGCACAACUAUCAUCACGUCUUCCCGUGGGAUUAUAAAACCGGCGAGCUUGGUAACAGGUGGAAUCCUUCAACGCACUUUAUUAACUUUUUCGCCAAAAUUGGUUGGGCUUAUGAUUUGAAGAGCGUCUCCGCGGAUAUGGUUGUGCGCAGAGCAAAAAAAACCGGUGAUGGUACUCCAAUUUGGGGAUAUGGUGAUAAGGACAUCGAACAGAAUGAUUUGAAAGACUUACAUAACAUGGAAGAUCAAAAAACUAAAUAGAAAACUUAAAAACAUUAUUUUUUAGUACAAACAUCUAAUAAAUUUACGAGAUAAAACAUUUACAA